AUGUCAACUUCGACCACAAUCACUCAUCCAGCGUCAGACUCGUACAGUCAGUCAGGCUUUGCCAACCGGAUGAAAUGGGGCCAGCGACCGGCUCUGGUCUUGAUCGACGUGUGCAAGGCAUACUGGACCGAAGGAUCGCCCUUGUCGCUGCUGUCCAACCCAGCGGGCGCAGCGUCGCCCGAAUCGAUGCGGCGACUCGUGGCAGCCGCGCGAGCAGGCAAUGUCCCCGUCAUCUGGACCCAAGUCGAAUAUUCCAGACCGGACAUGGCGGAUGCCGGGCUCUACUGGAAAAAAGCCAAGGCGCUCAAUGUGUGGUUGAAAGGCGACCCGAGGGGGUUGGCCGAUUAUCUCGAAGGACUGGAGCCGGCUGAGGACGACGUCGUGGUGGUGAAGAAAUACCCCAGUGCCUUCUUCGGGACGUGCUUGCUUUCGGAACUUCAGCUCUUAAACGUCGACACACUAGUGAUUUGCGGCGUGAGCACGUCUGGAUGUGUGCGUGCUACUACUCUCGACGCCAUGCAGCAUGGCUUCAGACCGAUGGUCGUGGGCCAGGCGUGUGGUGAUCGGACGCCUGAGAUCCAACAGGCCAAUCUCUUCGACUUGGAUGCAAAGUAUGCCGACGUGGUGGACGAGUCCGAUGCCAUCGAUCACCUGAAAUCAGGCUGGUGA